GUCGGCGCGCGCCCUCGCGGCCAUGCGCCGGUCGUGGGAGCAGCGCGCGCUGGUCUGGGCGCGGGGCGGGUCCGGUCGCUGGGAGGAGGGGGAUGAAAGCCGGCUGGUGUGGGGUGAGGCGCUGGGGAGGUGAGCCUUUAGGAGGGCUGUGGGGUUUUUAUUUUACUUUUAUUCUUAUUUUUUAUUGACAAGCAGAGCAUGUCUGUAGAUGUGCUUGUUUAGUAUUGUUUAACGCCAGUGUUGGGCUUGAGCCCGCUUCCCGACGGUACAGGGCGUGCUUCCAAGUCUAUGGCGGAAUUUCUCCUCGUACCCUACACUUGAAAGCACGCCCCGUUCCCCAGUGGGAGACGUGCCUAAAGCCCACUACCGGCGUCAAACAAUACCAAGAAACCAAGAAAAGCCUACCAUGUCAAGUGGACUCAAUGAACUUGCUCGCCUGUUCAGUUCUCGGAUCGCAACUGGCCACCAGCCUGGGCGGGACCAACAACCCCCAAGCCCAUCGCACUUAACAGGAUCAGCCUAUCGUGUGGAUGCGCUCCCCACGCUCCGGGUGAGCCAUGGUCGAAUUUCAAGGGUCAUAUUUACCCCGUCGACCCUGGCUUUCCCCAGGCCUUCUUUUUCUCUUUCUCUCUCUUCUUUUCCCUUCCUCUAUCCAACCCAACCCGUCUGGGCUCGUUUCCGCCCUACCGCUCCACUCGCUCGCGGUUUCGGCCUUUUCAAGGCAGCAAAGACAAGAUGCCCUCUCUUCGCAAACCCGCCGUCGCCUGCGCCGCCCUGCUCCUCCUCGGCGGCGCGGCCGCGGCCUCCUUCCAGCUCGACACGCCCCAGCACGUGCUCGACGCGGCGCGCGACCUGGCCUAUGACGGCAUGGCGCUGUACGAGGGCAACCGUUCGGGCCACACGCCCGGCAAGCUGUCCGAGCUGGACCCCAUGGACGACGGGCCCUACUGGUGGUGGCACGGCGCCGUGUUCCUGAGCGCCUACGUCGACUACUGGGCCCGCACCGGCGACGCCACCUACGCAAAGGUCGUGGCCGAGGGCCUGCUGGCCCAGAAGGGCGAGGGCGCCGACUACUACCCCAGCGAGCAGCGGGCCCUCAUGAGCAACCACCACCAGUGCAGCUGGGCCGUGGCCGCCAUGCUGGCCGCCGAGAGUGAGAUGGCGUCCCCGGCCAAGCCCGACUGGCUGCGCCUGGCCCAGAACGCCUUUGACAUGCAAGCCGCCCGCUUCGAGUUCGAGGAGAAGCCGCUGGGCGAGAACUACAACUGCGGCGGCGGCCUGCGCUCCGACAUUGACUCGAGGGCGAUCAGCUUCUACCGCAAAGACACCCUGGCAAACACCUGCUUCAUGAACCUCGGCGCGCGCCUGGCCAAGUUCACCGGCAACGAGACCUAUGCCAAGUACUCGGAGAGGGUGUGGAACUGGAUGUGGAACAUCGAGUACAUCGACCACCAGACCUACGCCGUCUACUACGGCGCCGCCAUGAACCACAACUGCACCGGCAUGGCCAAGCAGCGGUACUCGGGCAGCGCCUCCUGGCUGACCGAGGGCGCCGCUUUUAUGUACAACUUUACCAAAGGCUCCCCCGUCUGGAAGGAGCGCACCGAGAAGCUCACCUCCGCCACCCUCUCCCACUUCUUCCCCUCCGACGUGGCCGUCGAGACGACGUGCGAAAUUUUGCGCGAGGGCGGCGCGUCCUGCUACGGCGACCUGACCGCGUACAAGGGCCAGCUGGUGCGGUCGAUGGCCACGACGGCCCGCGUCGCGCCCUUCACGGCCGGGGACGCCCUGCCGCGCCUCAAAAAGUCCGCCGCCGCCGCCGUCUCGCAGUGCACCGGCGGGAGCACCGGCCGCCGCUGCGGCUUCGGGUGGGCCGCCCGCAACUACACGGAGCCCCAGAGCCCGGGCCUGCUGGAGCAGGCGCACGUGCUGUCGGCCGUGUCGGCGCUGGUGGAGGAGCGGCCGCGGUCGGCGUCGGCCGGUGGUGGUGGUGGUGGUAGCGGCGGAGCGUCUGGGUCUGGGUCUGGGUCUGGGUCUGGAUCGGGAUCGGGCGACAAGGGAGGCGAAAAAGGGGGUGAAAAGAAUGCCGGGGUUUACGCGCGCGCAAAUGUUGGCUUGGUCGCGAUGGCUAGUGUAGCUGGGUGGGCGGCGUUGUUGUUGCUGUAGGGUUAAUGGAGGAUGGGGUAUAUGACGGGUAGCCUUUUAGACAUUAGAGGAACACUAGUAAUAAUCAACUCAAAAAUCACUCCUGGA